GAAUCAGGGCCUCCCCCAUUUUUCUCACCCAGGAGGCGGCGGCGGCAGCGGCAGCGGCAGCUUGCGAUGUUUGGCCUCAAAAGAAACGCAGUAAUUGGACUCAACCUCUACUGUGGGGGGGCCGGGCUAGGGGCCGGCAGCGGUGGGGCCUCCUCUUCGGGAAGGCGGCUUUUGGCUUCGGGGAAGGAGGCCACGGCCCGGCGGGAGGUAGGGGGAGGGGAAGCCGGUGCGGUGAUUGGCGGAAGCGCCGGCGCGAGUGCCCCGGCCACUCUUGCGCCGGACGCCCGGAGGGUCGCGCGGCCCUCGCCCAUUGGCGCCGAGGGCCCCGACGUCACCGCGACCCCCCCAAGGCUGCUGUUCUUCGAGCCCACCCGCCGCGCGUCGCCGCCUGAAGAGAUGGAAGGCCCAGCCGCCGACGCCAUCAUGUCGCCCGAAGAGGAGCUGGACGGGUACGAGCCGGAACCUCUGCGGAGGCGGCCGGCUGUCCUGCCCUUGCUGGAGUCGGUCGGGGAGGCCAGCAGUGGCCCUUGCAGGGACGGCUCACUGCCCUCGACGCCACCCCCAGCAGAGGAGGAGGAAGACGAGUUGUACCGGCAGUCGCUGGAGAUUAUCUCUCGGUACCUUCGGGAGCAGGCAACAGGCGCCAAGGACGCGAAA